CUUGUGGCGCGUUGAAAGCGCCGAUUGGCGAAGCGGCGUGCAGCAGGAGCCGCUGUGAUUAGGCUGGCUGCCGGAUCAGAUGGUCUCUGCAUCGCAGGGGGUGGGGGGAAGCAACUCUUUGUCAUCCUGUCAUUUGUGGCCAGCUCUUCUCUGCGCACAGGCUGCAUCUGCGAUCAGUGAUAAACGUGCUCACACACGCCAUGUGAGCGUAGAGCAGCGGCAGCCUCGCCUCCAGCUCCUGCGCCUGCUGAUCCGUCGGCCGCUGCUUGCCUCUAUUCGCCUCUCCUCCUCUCUCCGCCGCCGUGCUGGAUUGUUCUGUGUCUAACAAAGCCCGGUCUCAGGCUGCUCGCAGACAGCUGCUCUCGGAACUCGGUGGCUUCGGGUUGAAUGGUGGUGCUCCAGUUGCUCAGCAAAUGCAGAAAAGGGAGCAAAGUUUCGGUAUACAAAUGCUCACUGUCCAGCCGGACGCAAAGCCAAAAGGCUGUGCCGGCUGCAACCGGAAGAUCAAGGACCGCUACCUGCUGAAGGCUCUUGAUAAAUAUUGGCAUGAGGAUUGCCUGAAGUGUGCCUGCUGUGACUGCAGGCUGGGUGAGGUGGGCUCCACGCUCUACACCAAAGCCAACCUCAUCCUGUGCCGGAGAGACUACCUCCGGUUAUUUGGUGUAACAGGAAACUGCGCAGCCUGCAGCAAGCUGAUUCCAGCCUUCGAGAUGGUGAUGAGGGCAAAAGAAAAUGUCUAUCACCUGGACUGCUUUGCAUGCCAGCUCUGCAAUCAAAGGUUUUGUGUGGGAGACAAAUUUUUCCUGAAGAACAACAUGAUUCUCUGCCAGACUGAUUAUGAGGAGGGGCUGAUGAAGGAGAGCUAUGCUCCACAAGUCCGCUGAUCGUCCAAUCAGAGGAGGAGGAAGAGCAGAAGUGAAAUGAAGAGACUGAAGGAGAGCAUGCAAUCACACAACAAAAUGCACUAUUGCCUCCUGUCCAGGUUCUGUACCCAACAUGUACAUAAACUGGGACUCACUCUACUGUACAGAAUGGCCAUAAAGACAAUGUGGCAAGAAAAAAAAAAAAAGCUGGUGUAAAUUCACGUUUGUAUAUUUCAUUAUUUCUCUCUGACGGAUGCUGGCUCUCUUUACCUGACAAAGAAUAAACUAACUUUGCCCUGAGAGUGAUCGCUAACCAAGUUCUGUUCCUGGUUCAAAGUUUACUGGUUUCAUUGUACUCUGUAACAGACAGCAUCCCGCCGGACUGCAGGAUUCAAACACUUAAACUUGACACCAAGAUUAGUUUAUACAAACCUAAAUCACAGCUAUUUAUUUUUAAAAACUUCACGACUAAACACUCUUUGUGGUUCAUUCACUGUGAUCCUUUAAUAAGUUGACAUAAGCUGACCUUAUCAUCCUGCUCCUGUCUCAGGCUGCUGUCUAUAAUCCUCCUGAGAAAGUUCAAGUCAAAUUUUUACUAGCUGUCAAAUAUUGUUUUGGUAAGACUCUGAAAACAUUAAAUAGAAUACCUACUAAAACUUUUCACUCCUUUGGAUGUGUUACCCCUUUAUUGUUCCUACAAAUCGGUCAUUAUAAAUAAAAUAAAUAAAUCCUCCAAUGUCAAAGUGAAAACUGAUUUCUGCAAAUAACAUAACUAAAAACACCAGCAAAUAUACAGUGCAGGAGCACAUAUAGGCCCUGAGCAGAUGUGGCUUGUUUCUAAUUUACACUGCGUCCGGCUCGGCUCCACCCCGGCUCGGCCUCAGCAGUGAAUACACACCCAUCACAGGCAGUGACAGCAGUUACACUGCAUUCAAAAUGAAAACGGAUUCGGAAGCCACAACAAGUCCAGUCGGUCUUCAGAAAUCACACCACUCCAACAGGAAGUUGCGCUAGUACAACAUCUGUAUUUUCAAAAUAAUUCACAAAGACAGACUAUUAGCCGUCUUUGUAAUAUCUUUGAAACAGCUAUAUUAAUAAAAAAAAAAUAUUGGUAUAGAUGGAAAUGUUUUGAAUGCCUUUGGGAUUCUCCUUCAGGGAAAUUGUCAUUUCUGUCUCCUUUGAGUCCACAGUGGAUGCAAACACUGUAAAAAUACUAAAAACAUGCAUUAACAAAAUUUGUAAAAAUCAUGCAAAAAAUUAAAAACACGUCAUCACAUCCAUACUCUCAAAAUAUCAAAAACAGACUGCUCCUCUCACAUCCGUUUACAUGUGAAGAAGUUCAAUUUAAAGGAAGCCAUUGUUUUGUCAUGCUUGGACAUAAGAAAAUUAAAUCAAGAAGGGAUAUGACACUAGUGAGAGGGACACCAGGUUACCAUGACUACGCUGACUGUUGGUUCUUCACCAGUCAGAGCUUUCUGGAAGUUCCAAUAAGAAAGACACUACUGAAGAAAAGUCAGGGCUUGCCAAAGACAUGGGGGAGACUGCAUGGCCAAAUGGAAGGAAGUUCACCACAAACACACUGUCCCCACUGUGACGCAUGGUGGUGGCAGAAUCAUGCUGUGGGGAUACUUCUUGGCAGCAGACUUGUCCUUGUAAAGGCCCAGUCAAAGCCCAGAUGUGUCCCAUAGAAAACUAGUGGCAGGUGUUUAAAAAGUUUGAUCACCAAGCUGACAGCUGGAGCAGUUUAUCUGGAAGAAUGGAGAAGAAGUGCAGCCUGAGAGCGAACCACACAGAGAGCCAGCUGAUAAAUACACACAGAGGGUGGAUAUUAAUGCAAUCACUUCUUCUGUUGUCAGAAAUCACUUUUCACUUUGACAUUAAAAGUUUGUCAAUUUGUAAAAGUAAAACAUCUAAGAGGUGAAUUCUUUUUACAGGCAGUAAAACAUAAUAUUAAAGGCAUCUGAAGAAAG